CAACGACGUCGUCUUCCCGAUCCUUGCUCCGUGACUCACUGGUUUCACUCCCGAAGGCACUCAGAGAAAACCCUAAAUCCCCAAUUGAAGAGGAACACAGAGAUCUCGAUUCACACAUGUCGUCGUCGUCGUCUUCUCCGAGUGGCGAUUUGAGCGAGAGAAGAGGGAUUCCCGCCGCUAAAUUCAUCCAAGAUGUCGAGACUUACCUCUCUCAGUCCAGCCUCGAUUCUAACUCUGCUCUCGCCUUCCAUCAGGAAAGGCUUCAGCAGUAUAAAGUUGUUGAAAUGAAGCUUCUUGCCCAGCAGAGGGAUCUUCAGGCUAAAAUCCCAGAUAUUGAGAAGUGCUUAGAGGUUGUUGCCACUUUGGAAGCAAGGAAGGGUACUGGUGAGGCCCUUCUGGCGGAUUUUGAAGUGUCUGAAGGAAUAUAUUCACGGGCCUGUAUUGAAGACACCGACUCAGUGUGUUUGUGGUUGGGAGCAAAUGUCAUGCUGGAAUAUUCCUGUGAAGAGGCUACAGCCCUUUUGAAAAACAAUCUGGAAAAUGCUAAAGCCAGCCUGGGGGUUCUUGUGGCUGAUUUGCAGUUCUUGAGGGAUCAAGUCACAGUUACUCAGGUGACUAUUGCGCGUAUCUAUAACUAUGAUGUUCAGCAAAGGAGGGUUAAACAAGUUACCCCUACUGCUAUUGCUGCUGCCGACUCAUGAAUCACAAAGUUCAAAUCAUGCUCGUGUGUCUUAUAAGGAGGUAAUAUGAUUUCUGCAACACCGUUUGGUUUGUAACUCUUGUUUUUUUUUUGCUCUCUUGAUCAAGCUGUGUUUCCGAGAGAGACCUAUCAAUAGAAACAUUUAGCAUUUUAUUGCUAUUUUUCGGAGUUUAGAGACCAUCUUGUGUUUUUUUUCGAUUGAAGUACUACUACUCGUUUAAGGAUGUGGUCAAUAUAUCAUAGUGUUUGCAGAA